AUGGUGCGCGCGAGGCGGGCCGCGGCUGCCGACGCGGCGCGCAGGGUCAAGAAAGGGCUCCAAUGCGACGUGAACGACGUGGAGGCGCGACCGGGCCCGACAGGUCCCCAGCUGCCGCCUCUGAGCUCGCGCGUGAUGGUCCAAACGACGGACGGGGCCUUCUGGGGGAGAGUCACCAAGUUCGACGACCUCAUGGAGUGCUUCGAAGUGAGAUACGAAGCGGAGGGCGCCUGGAGGGGCUGGCACGCUGCCGACGACGUGCUCGACUUCGAUCACGCAGCGGGCGGGGCGCGUGCCGCGCCGCAGAGGGGCCGCACACCUUCGAGACGGAAAGAAGACACCGUCAAGACCCCUGAACACGCUCCCAGGCCGCCGGCGGCCGAGCCAGUGCGCGCCAAGCGAGCCCCAACCCUGCACACGCCCACGCCCGCCCGCCCCGUGGCUGACCGCGACGAAGGCGCCGGCACGGAGCGCCGCGAGCUGCCGCAGCGGUCCACCAAGGAUCGCGCGGUCGGCCUCAUCCUCCAGACGCUAUCUCCGGACCUCCGCCGCCCGCGCCCUGCCGCUGCGCCCACGCCGCCCACUGUGCCGACGCGCGCCGCGGCACGCGGGCCGGGCAAGAGAGCGCGCGAGGACGCCGACGAGCCGCACGCACCGCGCAGCUCGCGGAAGAAGCCGCGGGGCCCGGAAGACACGCAGGCCUCCGCACCCGCUGCGAAGCUCCUUGGCCCUGGGUGCGGGACGUGCCGGCGAGCGCGCCGCGGAUGCACGGCGUGCUUGCGAUCGAGGAUGGCGGCCUGCCUGCACGACCCGUCUGCGCGGCCUACCCCGGAGCUGGUCGAGGCGGUGUUGUUUGCCUGGGUCAACAAACACCUCACGGGACCGAAAGCGGCGAAGCUGUACGACGCGGUGACGCAUGCGGCGGGAUGUACGGCGAGGGAGGCGUUCGCGCGGUGGCGCGCGGGGCGGCUCCCGGCCGCCUUCGUGGAGUUCGUGGCUGCCGCGGAUGACGACUUUGUUGCACGGGUGCUGGGCGGGGCGGCCGGGCUCGGGGCGGCCCGCGCAGAGACGGCGCAGCCAGCGAGGGCGGCGGAGGCGGCCGCGCACGCGCCAGCACCGCGGCCGCGGCAGGUUCGGACAGGUGGGAAAGCAGGCUCUGCGGGCACGAAGAAGGCUGCUGGCCGGACGGGCGGGGGCGUCCCGGCGCGCAACGAGGCGGGCGCGGGCACGGAGGUGAAGGUGCCGGCCGCUGGAGAGCAGGGCGGUGGGAGCGCGGCCAAUUUCGUGGACGUGGUGCUGGCGGUGCGUGCCAUCAUGGUCAAGAAGGCGGCGAGUUUCGCCAAGGACGGGGCGAAGGGAAAGAAGUACACGGAGUGGCUGAAGGACGUGCGGGCGGAGCUGAGGAAGCUGUCAGCGGACGAGCGCAAGGAGUUCAAGGCUGUGUUUGAGGCGGACGGCACCCUGCUCGAGGACUGCAAGGGCCGCGAGGUCACGAACGACUACAUCGCGGAGAAGCUGCAGCUCGUCGGGGUGUCCCUGGCCAGCAAGCAGCGCUGCGAGCCCCCCGCGCGCGGCGAGAAGCUGCGGCGCUUUGUUGAGGACGCGACGCUGGCGCGGAAGCUGCAGGCGACGAUCCUGAAGGGCGGCGGCGACGCGAUGGAGCAGGAGGCCAUCGCGCGGCUCAUGAAGUCCCCCGUGGCCGCGGAGGGCGGCGACGAGCGCUGCGACGGUGCGGCCCCGCCGUCGCCGUUUGGAGUCUCGCCGUUGCGACACGUCUCGGACUCUUCCGCGGGGCACUCCGCGGACAACGAUGCGGCGGAGUUUGGCGUGGAGGUGGACGCGCCGAGCGGCCCCGGGAACCCCGCAUCGCCCCCAGAGCGCAAGGCUCGCAGCUACGCAGCGGUCAGCGGUGACGCACUCAGCCCCGCCGCGGAGCCGACGCCGCGCACGCCGCCUCGGCGCUCUGCAAGCCGCGCCGACGACGACGAGGUGGAGCUCAGCUUCGGGGCGGGCAUGCAAGCAGCUGCGCGGCCACCGGCAACUCCAGGCUGCACGCCACCCGUCAGCCGUGGUGUUCGCGCUGACUCGGCCUCCCCGCCCGUGCCCGUCCGCGCCGAGCCGAUGCAGCUGCCGCAGCUGCCGCUGGCUUCCGUCCGCGCCGAGUCGUCGCCUCUGGAGGUCUCGCACGAUGAGGAGGACUCCCACGAUGGCUGUUUGCCCACGCCGAGGAGGGCUCGCAAUGACCCCCCGAAGGCCGACGGUGCUGCGGCCCCGGCCGCCGCCGCUUCUCCUGCUGUCACUCACGCGGACCCGGCAGGCGAUGUGGAGACCCCCGUUCCGGCGACACAAGUGGAUGCACUACAGGAGGACAACAACAUUGCGCGGCCCUCCCCGCCAGAUCCUGCGACGCACUGCGCCGCGCCGGUGCAGGAGACCGCUCGCACGCCUGCCGCGGCGCCGGUGCCGCGCUGCGAGCCCGUCGAGGAGCCUGCGCAGCCGCCGGUGCAGUGCAACACGGUGGCUGCUGUGCCGGCGUGGGAGAACCCGACUUGGUUCGAUCCGCGCCUCAAGGCUGCUGUCCAGUGCGUCCGCAACGUCCUGCACGCGUCCUACGCGCACUGCGAGGAGACCGGCCUGCGGGAGCGCGCGGGCGAGCGCGCGGCGCUGCAGCAGCACAUCCAUCGGGUGCUCGAGGCCAGCAGCGGGGGCGCGGUGUACAUCCCGGGGGUCCCCGGCACCGGCAAGACCGUCACCGUGCACGACGUGGCGCGGCGGGCGCUCGGGCAGCGGGUCGCCGGGCACGCGCUCAGCGGCGCGAUCUGCAUCAACUGCAUGGCGAUCGGCGGCAGCGAGGCGCGCAUUUACGCGGCGCUCCUUGAAGCCGCCGCGAAGGCCACGCCGCGCAAGCUCCUGAAGUGGACGCAGGCGCCCGCGGAGGGCCCCGGCCGCCCGUCGGCCGCCGCGAUGCUGCAGAGCCUGCAGGAGGUCUUGGUCCCGCGCCGACCCGGGGGCGUGGUGGCCGCGGGCGUCGCGGACGUGCGCGCGCUGUCCUCGCCGCUGCUCGUCGUCCUCGACGAGGCCGACCAGCUCCUGUCCGGCGACUCGCAGGCCCUGCAGAACCUGGUCAUGCUCGCCGCGCAAGCCAACUCCAAGCUGCUGCUCUUCGCGAUCGCGAACUCGAUCGACCUCGUCGAGCGGCGCAUGCAGCGUGUGCGGCAGGGCGGGUUCUGCCCCGCGGUCGUCACGUUCCAGGCCUACCGGCACGACGAGGUCGCGCGGUUGCUACGCGCCCGACUGGAGAACCUGCCGGGGCCGGCGUUCCAGCCCGCCGCGAUCGACUUCGUCGCGAAGAGCGUCGCGAACUACUCGGGCGACAUGCGGCGCGCCCUCGACCUCGCGAAGCGCGCCCUCGACGCGCUGGUGAGUCAUCCAGGUCCGCGUCAGGGCCACCAGUUGGUGACGCUGUCGCACGUGAGCCGCGCCGUGGCCGCGCAGCAGGCCGCGCUGGCGCCCGCGACGGCGAACAUCGUGCGUCUCCCGCGCGAGUGGCAGCUCGUGUUGUGCGCCGUGGCCAACAUCGCCCUGGUGUAUGAAACACCCCCGGGCGACAGCAGACCCGGGGCCCCCGGUGCCGCGGCCGGUGCGGACGCGGUGGCGCGGGACAUCUCGCUCGGGGAGGCGUUCGACGAGUUCGCGGCGCUGUGUGCGAGCCAGCCGGACAUUCUCCCGCCGGCGUCGCAGAACGAGUUUUGCUCGAUUUUCACCGACAUGACAGCGACGGGGGGGCUCGUGGAGUUCUGCAAGGGUGCGCGCGGCCGGCCGACGUCCGUGUCGCUGCACUUCGGGCGGUCCAGCAUGGCGCCUUCCGUCGGCAACUUGACGCGCGGCCUCAGCGUGGCGGACUCGCUGGGCAACGGCCGGCGCUCCAGCGUCGCGCACGGGCUCGCGGGGCCGCGGAGCGCCGGCGGGGGCGCCCUCGAUAGAAGGAAGAUCGUCAGGCUGGUCGCACGGCCGCGGGACGUCCUCGCGGCGCUGCGCACCAAGGACUUGUUCCGGCGCCUGCUGCGGGUGUAG